GAAAGAAAGUUCGUAGGACUAUUUACACAGCCGUUUUCAGAAAAUGGGCUGGAAAAUCCGAGGUCAAUGUUUUAAUAUUCCAUUUCCUAAUGAAACUCAUCACGUAGAACUUUCUACAACUGAGUUGUAAGAGGAGCAAACUGAAUUAAACAAUGGAUAUUACAACAAGCGACAUACCUCUUCCUGAUGUUUUCAGCUAUGCUUUAGAAAAUGAUAAAUUCCGAGAACGGUGGCAGGACAUUUACAAGUUAGCUGAUGAACACAUCUGGGAAACUCGUCUGUAUUGCAAAGAUCUGUUUGAUUCAGAAAGAUGGAAAAAUGGAGAACAGUUUGUGCUGACACAUGAUGAGGCAGAUCCAAAGAGUGAUGCAGCAUAUAGACUCAUGUUCACCAUGAUUCUGGAACAUUUUGACUCUCUGGAGCACGAGGAUGCAGGCCAGACCCAAAGGUUGAACCAGCGGGUUAUAUAUGACAGCAUCAAGAACAGCUAUGAAAGAAGCCCCAAGCUAUUUAUCAGCAGUAUGUGUCGAUUUCUGGUUGAAGAGCAAAGACUGCUGAAACAGUUUAUUGCUGCCCUGGAGACCAAGGCCAUGGAGUAUAACUAUGAUGACCAAGACCAGAUCAUAAGAUAUGUGGAGGAAUACAGCAAGAAUCUCAUUGCCGUCAUUGAUAAGUUUGAACAAUUGGAUGGCACUAUGAGUGCUCAUGUUGGUUUUGAUCUAUUGAAUGGAGGAUAUAGUGGAAUGCAACAAAGACAGCAAAUGGAGUCACACCAACACCAGAAAAAGCUUCAAUUACUUUCAGAACUUAGGCAGGAGAUCCUUAGUAACCUGCAAGAAGUACAGACAAAGGCUGUGGAAGCUGAGGGAAUUCUCAGAAGGAAGAUGGCAGCUUUUAAGAAGCAGCUUCAAUUGUUUUAUGUUGACUUAGUGGACCAUAGACCACCAAUCCCCACUGAAGUAGAGAGAGGGUUUUCCUGGCUGGGUCAGAAAUUGUAUGAUAUUCUGCAAUAUGCUCUGCCUAAACUUGAAUUGUUAAUGGAACCAGAAAUCAUACAUAACAUCAGCUGUCAUCUCAAAAGUUGCUUUGAAAGGCUUCUGCUGAGUUCCUUUGUGGUGACAGAGCAGCAGAAACAUAUUAUUAAAGUUGAACUGGGAUCCAAGAAGAGAAACAAAGAGACAGAUAAUACUGGGGAGGAAACAGCUGGUCAGAAAUUCCGAUGUCCCAAGUUUUUUGCCUCCGUCAGACUUUUAGCCUGUGAUAACAUUGACUGUAAAGGGAAAGUUAUAGCACAAUUUUGUAAUGAGUCGGAGGUCAAUGAGAAGUUUCAUAGCAAUAAUUGGGACAGCCCAUGUGAGAUUAAGCUGAAGUCCAAAACUGAUGAGUCAACUUUUGAGAAAAAGAAAGCUUUAGCAUCCUUCAAAAAGAUGGAAAUUGAAAAGUUUGAGAGAAAGCCAGACGUACAAGUUUGUGAAGAUAAAUUUAGGAUUGUUUUCACAACAAAGGUUAAGAUUGCAGAACAGGAAAUAUCCAUUGCAACUAUCUCCCUCCCCAUCGUGGUUACAACUGGAGCCAGUCAAAGCUGUAAUGUGCACGGUUCAUUGCUCUGGCAGUGCUACAGCACUGAGGACGCUUUUCAGUUGCCAAUAGAAACGGCACACUCUCUGAAGUGGCAUACAGUGUUUGAUAUGCUCAACAAGAAGAUGAAGACUUUGGGAGGAAGAGACCUUUGUAAUGAUGAGAAGGCUCAUUUAGGUAGCAGGCUUAUGCUGGAAGAUAACCCCAUACCAGAUGAGAUGGAUAUUCCAUUUAGAAGAUUUUGUGUGGAGAAAAUGAUGGACAUCAAGGAAGGAGAUGACAAAAAGAAAUCGGCCACCUUUUGGAUGUGGUUCCUUGCUGUCUUUAAUUUGACCAAAUCUCACCUCAGAGAUUAUUGGAAUGAUGGGUUGAUUGCUGGUUUCAUUAAAAAAGAAACUGCAGAGCAAAGACUAAAGAGCUGCAUUAAUUCGAUGCAAGAGUAUACAUACCUGCUAAGAUUCUCGGAUAAGGUCAUCACUGAUGGUCAAGGACAGAACCUGUGUGGGGCCAUCUCUGCCACAGUCUUGUACAAAAACAAGAAAGGACACUGGAAAUGUUUUCCAACUGAUCCCUUCAAAGCAGACACUUUCAAGAAGAAGUCUCUAGCCCAGUGUGUGAAAAACACCUGCAUGCCGGGCGAUACAAAAAUUUACCUUCUACAGUGGUUGUAUAAGUCAGCAGAUUCUUCAAUCAGGACUGAUGAAGCAUUCAAGCAAUACCAUACGGAGAGCAAAAGCAAGGGAGAAACACCGGGUUACAAGAAGUUUGAGGAAAUUCUGAUCGUCAGUUUGAAUGAUAUGAAUUUAGAUGAAGACUCGUCUCCAGAGAGAAAGAGAGACAUCAAGAAAGCUGUGCCUCCAUCGAAGAAACGAGAGGCUGUCCCAAACAAAGCAGGAAUCAUAAAAAAUAAACGUUUAUCAGAGCCCCAGCGAGAACCCAAUGUUUUCUCAGAUGUUCAAAACCCAUCUUACUCCCCGAUGUCAUUGCCUCCAGGAUCACCUCAGAUGCAGGUGAUUCCGCAAACUGUUCUAGAAUUCAGCGGUGGGGAGUCUCAGGACAGCAUUGGAAGCCAGACUCCUCAGACAACUCUGUACCAGAGAGUGCACUACAUGCAGAAUUCUUCACAAGUCAUGAUGGACUCUACAUCCUACAGUACUGCACAAUCUUUCAGUAAUAAUGGAAAUCUCUCCAGCUCACAUCCGACAUUAUCAGGAAUGCUGGGAACAUCAAACACUAACAAUUUCCAGACCAUUGAUGAAAAUGCCCUCACAAACACUUAUCUACCACAAGGUGUUGAACCUAGCUUUCAGGACCUCCAUGUACCAGUAUUCACUCAACAACAGACUAGCCAAGCACCUGCCAUGUACAACAAUACUCAACAAGCUAGUCCAAUGUAUUCCAUGCAACCUAGUCCAGCAAAUUCUGUCCAUUCCUUACAGAGCCCGGACCACAACGCCCAGUUUGUGUCCAUGGCAUCCACCGUUUAUGCCCCAGUUGUAACAUCUACAGCAGCAGGACAGAAGCCAAGAAAAACUGCUAUGAAUAUUGAAGAUCAGAUGUUGAAGUUCCAGGAACUGAAGUCUAAGCUAAAUGGUGGCAGUUCAGAAUCUACUGCGUCAUCACCAAUAUCUCAACCAUUUUCACCAAAUGCCUCUUCAACCCUCCACUCUCCAUCCUGCCAGACCUUCCCACGGACUGGGUCGCCGACUGAGAGUGUCAAGUCCAGUGACAUUUGCUCUCCAUACUCGCAGUCGGUAUUCUCAGAUGCAUCGUCUCCGGUAUCCAUGAUGGAUGAACCCACAGUGAUGGAAAGUGUGGAAGCCAUAUUGAAUGAUCCAGCUAUCAAACACGAACUCAUUGAAAACUUGAGGGGUGUAUACAAUAAUAUAAAUUCCUCAACAAUGCAACAACAGGUACAACAACAGGUACCUGCAGAGUUUAUGUCAUAGGUAUGUAAUUACAGGAUACAGAUGAAGGUAGUCGGUGCAUUGCAAGAUGAUCAGUUAAUUCACAGCAUAAAGGAAAUUUUGAUAUUUUCAGUGUUACUCUUGUCUUACAAAUUUACUAAUACUAGUAGUUUGAUGUUGGACUUUCUAAAUUCAAAAUAAUAAUUCCUUAACCUGCUUCACUUUUUGUUGGUAAUUUUUAAUUUUCUGUUGCUUUAUAAUAUACUUAAGCAAUUAGUAAGCCUAUUUUCAUUAAUGACUAAUUGAGUUAAACAUUUUAGCAUUGCUGUUGUAGUUUGUUGUUGCACAAUUUACCUUCACCAUAAAAUUUCAAUGUAGUAAUAUGACUUGAGAAAUCCAAUUUUGUCAUGGAAGGUCAUCAUUUUGGCAAUUUUUUUGUUGGUGAUCACCAUGUUGGCAAUUUGUUAGGGGGGAAAUGUCAACAUUUUAGCACAAGCGUCCUCAAAAAGGAAUGCUGUGCAUCACUAUUAAAGACACUUAAUUCAAACUGUAAGGCUUGCUUUAAAUAUCAAGCAGUUUUCUUCGACAGAGUUUGGCCACUACUUUAUAUUUCAUAGCUGGUAUAAAGCAAGCGUGUAUUCCCCACGUAAAAUAAGAAAUGUACAGAAUAUUGCCUAUAGACUACUUUAUUGUAAAGUAACAGAACUAGAAUGUGUAUUAUGUAUUCAUUGUAAAGUAACAAUUAGAAUGUGUAUUAUGUGUUUAUUGUAAAGUAACAGAACUAGAAUGUGUAUUAUGUGUUUAUUGUAAAGUAACAGAACUAGAAAUUGUAUUAUAUAUUUUUUAACAUUUUGUACAGUAUACUGCCCUAACAUUUCUGGACUUGUAAGCUGUCCUGUACCACAGGAUAUUGUAAUCGGAGUUUAAUACACCAUUUUCUUGUGGGGGAGGUAAAAUGUGCUGAUUUUCCUGAUAUUUAGUUGCAUCAUGUGUACAGUUACAUGUAGUUGUUGUUAACAUUAAUACCAUUUUCAAAAAUUUGUCUGCCAUCUUGAUUUCAGUGUAGUUUCUAAGUUUACAAUACUAAAAUUGCCAUCGUUGUCAGAGAUGACUAAUCUUUAUGAGAUUCGCCGUGGCUGGAUAUUUGGACUGAGCCUCGAUGAAUCUCUCAGAGACUAAGAAAUUCCAUACAAUGAUUUGCAUGUGUGUAUUUGAUCGUAGUUAUAGUAAAAGUGGUUUAUACAAGUACAUGCACUGCGUUUCAUUGUGAAGCAUUAUGUGGGUGUUGUUGGUGUUUUUUUUUAUCUUUGCUGUCCGGUAUAUUUUUCUGUGCCAUAUAAAUGUAUUUAGAUUUGCUUCUUACAAGUGCUAAGGAUUGAAUGUCUUUUUGUAGAUCAUUUUUAAGUUUGUUUAUUUGACCAACAUUUUGCUUAAGCUUCAUUAAACCUCUGUUCAUUCUGUUUGCUUAGUUUAAGCAAAACAAAAUUGACAUCCAUAUGUCUGCAGACAUUGGAAUGGAUUUGCCAUCAAGAAGAAAAAAAUGUUUCCCCAUAUUUCCAUCGUACGUCAUUUACAGGGUUCAUAGAAAUAUCUUGCAUCUACAACUUAUGGAUGACACUAUACAUACAUGUACAAUAUUAAAGGAGGGCAUUUAUAGGUAAUUUCAUUUAGCACUCUGUAAAGAUUUUGUUAAAAAAUCACACUGGUGAGGAGAAAUACGCAAAUCACCCCAAUCAUACAUGUAUGACAUCAUAAAUGAAAAUAGACAGUUUGAAAGACCAUAAUGGCAAAGAGAUUAUUUGAAAAGAUAUCAAACUUUAAAAUGGGUGAUAAGAAAACAGCAUUUAGAAAAGACAUAAAUCUAUCUAUACCUGUGUAUAUUUAACCGAAAUAUUGGUGUCUAUGAAGCCAGAAUGUAAAUAUAAGAAAUAAUGUAUUUCACGAAAAUUAUGAUGGUGCGAAAAUUCUCCACUAUAUCUUGAUCUCGAGAAAGAAAUGCAUGUAUAUAUGUCUUUGGCUUAAUUUUGCACCAUACAAGGAUUCUUUAAUACAGUUUUUUUUUUGUUCUAAAGAAGUCAGAUUUGUAGACAAAUCCUUGUGAUCUUAUAAAUGUUCAAUGUCACAAAAUUUCAACUUUACUUGAAUUUUAAAACUUUGAUGGAAAAAGCGCACAUUUUUUACUUCCCGUAAAUGUGGAGUGACUUUGUCAACAAUAUUCACAUUUUUGCUACCUUGUUCAAAAAGUUGCUAAAUAUUUUUCAAAUAAAUAACAACAUAUAAAACAGACAAAUGCUUCAUUUUCUGACAUCUGAAUUAGUACAAUAUUGCCUAUGAAAAUCAUGGUUUUCAUAUACAUGUACAAGAAAUGGAUAUAUCAAAUGAUUGUACAUUUCUUGAAGGAAAUCUGUUGUUUUGCAUUUUUUCUUUUAAAAAGUGCUAAUAUAUUGUGAUUAUAGAUUGCUUUGCUUUCCAUUAAUUUGUACGGAAAUAUAAUUUGCAUUAAAUUUCCACAAGUGUU